AUGAAACUAUCGCUAUCAGUGUUGUGAAACAACUGUGCAAAACGCAAGAAGAAGCAGCAUUAAUAAACAAUAUAAAACCAUUUCAUUUGCAAUGCUCUUUUAUUCGUUCUUCAAAUCUCUCGUGGGCAAAGAAGUUGUGGUCGAGCUGAAAAAUGACCUAAGCAUUUGCGGCACGCUGCACUCCGUUGAUCAGUACCUUAACAUAAAACUGACAGACAUCAGCGUCACAGAUCCCGACAAAUACCCGCACAUGCUGAGCGUCAAAAACUGUUUCAUCCGCGGCUCUGUCGUGCGCUAUGUGCAGCUGCCCGGCGACGAGGUGGAUACACAGCUGCUGCAGGACGCGGCACGCAAGGAGGCGGUGGUAAGCACGAGAUAAAGGUGGCGCUCUCUAUGGUACGAAUUAUACAUUAAGCCGGGUUCCCAUGUCUAAGAAACUUUACACUUCGCGAUGUACAUUGAAUUGUCUAUAUGUCUGACCUACAUCUAAGUGAAAAUCUGUUAAAAACAAGAAAUUUGAUUGAAUAUACGAUUAUUUAGAAAAAACCAAA